UGCCAUUACACAGCUUGGAUCAAUUUCGCGCUCUCAACCAGCUCCCUCAAAAACCCUUAUUGGAGACCAUGAGUAAGUCUCCGCGCAGAGAUCUGCAAGUCUUUGAUUUCAAUGAAGAAGAUGAUGCCACUGCCCCAGACAAAGAACUCCAUCACCAAUCCCUGUCCAACCACGAUCCUCACGAUUCCCAGGUGAGCAAGGUUGGCAUAAAGAAUGUUGCUAGUAUACCUUGUGUUGGCGUAGCUGGUGCUAUUUUUAAUUUGGAAAAGGGUGUUUCUGACCCUUCUCCUGAUACACUGGAAGAUAUGUAUGAUAGUGAAGAGAAGAAAUCUGUGUUGGAAGCUGACAAACAAUCAAAUUUGAUUAGUGAUGAAAAUGAUCAUCUUAAAGAUGUUGAUAACCAUGACAAGCUAGAGAAAAUGGAUAUAUGUGGCGAAGUAUCUUCACCUGAAACAAGCCACAUUGAGCCUUCAGGGACUUCGUACAGUAAUGAAUCAAUUGAUGUCAAUUCAGAAGCUGAUGAGAGUGCUCCAACAAGUCCUGCUUCUGAUAUUCCAGAGAAUGUUUCAUUAAAUGGUUUUGGAUUGAAUGGCACAGACAAUUCUGACAUGGAUGACACAAAUACGGAAGUCGUUCUUCAUCCCGAUUAUGUCAUAUACCAAGAUAAUUAUUAUCUGGGGCCAACGUUAACCUUUUCACCCUUUUGUGUGAAGAUCAAUGUUUCAACUGCUUGUAUAAAGCAGGAAGCCUUUGAUCUGGAAUGGGCAUUGGAUGAUCUCAUUGACAUUAAUUGUCAGUUGUUUCAAAGUAGUGGAACCGUCAUUAUUAAGCUUAGAGUAAUAUCAAGUAAUGCAAACCAGUCAAAUCAUGUAACGAAUGCUUCAGGCAUUGAGGAAUUGAAAUUUGCGGUUGUUGAUUACAAUUGGUCCCUGAGACAUAGGCAAAUUACAUCUCUUAAUACAAAAUACUUGGCUUCUUGGAACAUUGAGCUUCAUGCGGAUGUAGAAGGCAAUGAAACUGAUUCACAUGCAUCAAGAUGCUACUUCCCAAAUUUUGAGGAGAAUUUUGAUGAUGUUAUCUAUCCAAAAGGGGAUCCAGAUGCUGUUUCCCUAAGCAAGAGAGAUGUGGAUCUCCUGCAACCAGACACAUUCAUUAAUGAUACAAUUAUCGAUUUCUACAUCCAGUAUCUUAAGAAUCAAAUACCGGAGGAGGAAAAGCCUAGAUUUCAUUUUUUUAACAGUUUUUUCUUUAGAAAGCUGGCUGAUAUGGACAAAAAUCCAUCCAGCGCUUCUGAUGGAAAAGCAGCAUUUCUACGUGUUCGUAAAUGGACAAGAAAAGUAAAUUUAUUUGCAAAGGAUUAUAUCUUCAUUCCUGUGAACUUCAAUCUUCACUGGAGUUUAAUAGUCAUAUGCCAUCCUGGUGAAGUGGUUAAUUUUAAUGACAAGGAGAUGCACAAUUCACUUAAGGUACCCAGUAUAUUGCAUAUGGAUUCUAUAAAAGGAAGUCAUAGUGGUCUGAAAAACUUGGUGCAAAGUUACUUGUGGGAAGAGUGGAAAGAGAGACACAAGGAUACGUUGGAAGAGGACCUUUCAUCAAGAUUCUUCAACAUGCGUUUUCUUCCACUUGCGUUGCCGCAGCAAGAAAAUUCGUAUGACUGUGGCCUAUUUCUGCUUCACUACCUAGAGCUGUUCCUUACUGAAGCACCUCUUAAUUUCAAUCCUAUCAAACUAACCAAGUUUUCCAACUUCCUCAAUGUAGACUGGUUUCUGCCUGCUGAGGCUUAUCUCAAGCGAACACUGAUCCAGAAGUUAAUCUUUGAACUUGUGGAAAACCUUGGUUCACACGAAAUCUCUUCCUCUGACUGUAGUGCUGACAAUGAGUGCUUAGAAAAUAAUGAUAACAGAACUGGGAUUGAUCACGCUGAAGUCAAUAAGGAGUCAACAACUUCGCAUGUGGGGCAGGGAAUAGAAAUCACUCUAUUGUCUGGUUCGUCAUCUUUAGAUCAUCAAUCUUUUAACAGUUCAGGCUUGGUUCUUAAAGAGCUUUUUGAGCCAGGAGCUACUGCAGGAGCUAUGUUGGGACAAUGCCAAUCUUUUGACCAGCGUUUCAAUGGUUCAAUAUACUCGAUGGAGGAGGACACUGAUCUUGGUGAGCAGUUUAUGUACCUGCCUACAGAUCCCAACUUCCAGCAAGUGGCAGGAAUUAUUCCUCAAACAUGUUCUUUGCCAUAUCUUCCCAGGGAGUGUGGAGAUGAUACAUGUCAUAGACCACAAAUCUCUCUUCAAGCGAACCAUGAUGUGGUUGAGUCUUCUCUACAUUCAUCAAAUGGUGCCUUAGAAGAUUCAGAAGACGUAAGGAUCACAGAAAACUGCCCUUCUGUGAAUGAGCCCAGGUCAUCUAAUGAAGCUGAACAAGGGGAGAAAACUUUUUCGGACAUGGUAAAUGCUGAGCAUGUCAGAGAUAUUUCCACCACUGUUGUGGGAAAUUCUGGAGACUCAAUUAUGACGUGUGAUGAUAACAAUGGAGAUCUCCACUCUACUGGUCAAGAAACUCUGACAAUACCAUUGCAACAGGUUUCUCAUGUACCAGAUUAUGAUGAAACGCCAACGAUAACAUUGCAACAAGUUUCACAGGCGGCAGUUGAUGAGGACACUCCCGCAAUUCCAUUGCAACAAAUUUCUGAUGCAGUAGAUGAUGGUGAGACUAUUGAUGGCGUGGCACCUGAUAUGUGUGAGGAACAAGCUCCAAAGAGGCGGCGACUUAUGCCUGUUGAAUGCAAUGGUGAGGGCACGGUGACAAAUUCCGAUUUGUAGAUAACUAGAUAGAGAUAGAUAUGGCUUCCUUACAUUACUUUUGAAUUGUUUCUAGGUUCUACUUCACCAAUGUGUAUACUGAAAUAGUGUCGUUGCUGGGUUGUAUUAGUUAGUUCAUUCUGCGGCCAAAAUUGGGAGUUACCUGCGGUGCGGACUUUAGAUACAAUUCAACCUGGCAAUAGCAGGAUUUUUUUUUCUUGAUGAAUUUCAAGUUCCCUUCUUCAUCUUAAGCUUCAUACUUAAUUUUA